AUGAAAUUUAUACAUCACCUCUUUGACUUUUUCAAAGCCCUUUUACGACUAUUGGCAUUUUCCUCACCCCGACCUGUGGGGCAGUUGGAACCGGUAGCAUUAUCUUUUCUACCAGAGAGACCCAGAGAAGUGGAGUGUAAGCUAGGACUCGAGAAACUUGGCUCUCCCACCGUGAGGUGGGGAGGCAGAAGUUUGGCUGUUAGUUUCACAAGAGGCGGGGGGGUCACGGGGUCACGGUUAUUGAAUCCCUUCUCCCUUCUCCAGGCCACUCCCUGCAGCAGCAACAGAGGAGCCGGUCCUGCUCUGUCUUUAGGCCUUGUAGAUAAGGGAGAGUGGACUAUCUAA